UUUGAACACAGUCUGGCUGAAGAAAAAGAAAAAAAAAGAACAAACCCAAAAAAAAAAACCCAGAGCGUCUCCUUCUGUUUCCUACUGGUCUGAUCAUUGAUCGAGCUCGCGUGCGGCUCCUCUCGUGGAUUGGUCCAGAGAGGUGUUUUCGGGGGAGAUGGCGUCGCCGGCGUCGAAGAAAGGUGGUGCCGAUGGAUCCGGGAAGAACUUUUCGGGGAAUCUCGCAAGCAGUGGCGUUAUUGGCGAUCGGAAUGAUGUUGAAAGCAGCACCAGCAGCCACAGCUCCGGUGGCGGAGGAGGAGGAGAGGGAGGGGUGUUCGAGUAUUUCGGUUGGGUUUAUCAUUUGGGUACGAAUUCGAUCGGGCAUGAGUACUGCCAUCUCCGGUUCCUGUUCAUAAGAGGGAAAUACGUGGAGAUGUACAAGAGAGAUCCUCACGAGAACCCCGGCAUUAAACCUAUUCGGAAGGGUGUCAUAGGACCCCCAAUGAUGAUAGAGGAGCUAGGACGCCGCAAAGUUAAUCACGGGGAUGUCUAUGUCAUACGGUUCUAUAACCGAUUGGAUGAGACAAAAAAAGGAGAAAUUGCCUGUGCCACAGCUGGAGAAGCCCGCAACUGGGCAGAGGCUUUUGACCAUGCAAAACAGCAGGCUGAAUAUGAUCUGUCAAGAGGAGGAAGCACGAGAAAAAAAUUAAACCUGGAAGCUGACAUCGAUCUGGAAGGACGUCGGCCCAGAGUUAGACGCUAUGCACAUGGGUUAAAAAAGCUUAUUAGAAUUGGGCAAGGUCCUGAAAUACUUUUGAGACAAUCCUCUAGCUUGGUUAACGAUGGUCGGGCGGAUGGUUUCUACGAAGGUGACAAUGGCGAUGCAAUUGAGGCACAUGAGUGGAAAUGUGUCCGUACUAUCAAUGGCGUUAGGAUUUUUGAAGAUGUAGCUAACUACAAGGCUGGUAGAGGAGUUCUUGUGAAAGCAGUUGCUGUAAUUGAAGCAAGUGCAGAUGCUGUGUUUGAAGUAACUUUGAAACUGGACAAGCAUCAAAGAUACGAGUGGGAUGCAUUGACAGGUGAUUUGGAACUGAUAGACUCAUACGAUGGACACUAUGAUGUUGUUUACUGCACAUAUGAUCCUAAAUAUCUUUCGCGAUGGCAAUCAAAAAGAGAUUUUAUUUUCUCCAGACAGUGGUUCCGUGGACAAGAUGGAACCUACACAAUCUUACAAUCUCCAGCUACGCACAAGAAACGGCCUCCAAGGUCUGGAUACCGGCGCACUGAAAUUACCCCAUCCACCUGGGAAAUCAGAAGCUUGAACACGUCUACAGAUACCGGCACUCCAAGAUGUCUUGUAACCCAAAUGCUAGAAAUCCACUCUAAAGGUUGGUGCAAAUGGAAGAAAAGUAGCUACUCGAAGUUUGAAAAGACUACCCCUUAUGCAUUACUCAUCCAAGUCGCAGGUCUUAAGGAGUACAUUGGAGCAAAUCCAGCAUUCAGGUAUGAAACGUCUGCCACAGUUGUCCAGUCGAGGUUCUCAGAUCUUUCCACUGGUGAAUAUGAAGAUGAAGAAGUGGAGGAUCAUUUCUAUGAUGCGACCGACUCCUCCUCAUCUGAUGAAGAGGAAAGUGAUGAGGAUGAUGACAAACGGAACAAAAAGGAGAUAAAAGUGAAACUGAAGAAUAUAUCCUGGGCAAUUGCGAGCUUAUCUUUGAAGCGGCCUAAAGCUCCAAGCGCAAGAAACGAAUUGGCUGCUAGUUUUGAUCCUGUGGCCAUUGAUUUAAGUCAGUUCCAAGGAUCCUUGCGCAAAGAAAAAGACGAUAAGGAUUCAAACUGCUGGUGUUCUCCUAGCGGCAUGGGGUUUAUGAUCAGAGGAAGGACUUACUUAAAAGAUAAUGCGAAGGUGAUGGGUGGGGAGCCUCUUCUCAAACUUAUUGCAGUGGAUUGGUUAAAAGUUGACAAAGCCGUAGAUAACAUUGCUCUUCUUCCCAAUUGUCUUGUUCAGGUGCUCCCUUUACCUGCUUUAUGUUUUGAUGGCCUCUUCUUCUAUAAGGAAACGAGUAAUUCGUCUGAGAGUUCUCGGAAGCUAGAUUUCUGUCUUCGAAUAAGUAUAUGGUAACACUUCUUUAAACCAUGAUGUGUCCGAUAAUGAUUAACUUUGUCAAUUUUGCCUCCCGCAUUGUGGACGAGGUUCGGGUACUCUCAUAUAUCCUGGAUAUGACUAUAUUUGGAAAACAAGGAAUGAAACAAACAAUAAUGAUUUACUUUGUUGACACUGUUCGUUUUUGUUGGUCGGUUGCCUGAUAUGAAC